GCUCGGUUCGGCUGCGGUGGGCUCGGCUCGGCACGGCUCGGUUCGGCUGCGGUGGGCUGGGCUGAGCGGCUGCGGUGGGGUCGGCUGCGCUGCGCUGCGGUGGGCUCGGCUCGGCACGGCACGGCACGAUGGAGAUCUGGAGCAGCCCCGCCGCCUACGACGAGCUGAACGGGAGCGCGGAGCGGGGCGCCGGCGCCGACCCCCUCGCCCGGGAGCUGGAGGAAGUCCUGUGCACUGAGCGGGUGGUCAGGAUCACAAAAACCUACCACGACAUUGAUGCUGUCACCAACCUGCUGGAUGAGAAGGAGCGGGACCUGGAGCUAGCAGCGCGCAUCGGGCAGUCCCUGCUGAAGCAGAACCGGGGCCUGACUGAGCGCAACGAGCUGCUGGAGGAGCAGCUGGAGUUGGCCAAAGAGGAGAUUGCGCAGCUGCGCCAUGAGGUCUCCAUGCGGGACGACCUGCUCCACUUCUACACCACCACGACGGAGGAGAGCGAGCCCACCUCCACCACCUCCACACCGCUGCGCCGGCACGAGUCCUCGCUGUCCCUGCAGCAGUACUUCCAGUACGACACGCUGCAGCAGAAACUCAAGUGCCUGGAGGAGGAGAACCAGAAGCUUCGCAUGGAGGCCACCAACAUCGCAACCGAGACCUGUCGGUACGAGGACCAGGAGCAGCAGCUGAUGAUUGACUGUGUGGAGCAGUUCUCCGAAGCGAGCCAGCAGGUGGUUUACCUUUCCAACGAGCUGGCCCGCAAGGCGGAGGACACGGCGCGGCAGCAGGAGGACAUCAGCCAGCUCCUGGCGCAGGUCGCGGACCUGCAGCAGAAAUGCCGCACGUACGGCUCGGAGGUGGAGGAGCUCCAGCAGCACCUGGCUGUGGCCAAGGAGGUGCAGCAACAGCUGCGGAUGGAGCUGCGGGACCUGCAGGAGAAGUACACGGAGUGUGGCGGGAUGCUGCAGGAGGCCCAGGAGGAGGUCAAGAGCCUGCGCAGCCGCAGCCUGCCCAACAGCACCGUCAGCCGCUACGGCGCACCCAGCCUCCUGCCCGUGGACUCGCUGGCGGCUGAGAUCAAGGGGACGAUGAGGAAGGGGGCAGACAGCUCCUCCUCGGACUACAAGAGCUACCGGCGCGUCUUUGAGACGGUGAAAGCGGUGAACCAGGUGGCCAAAGCCAAGUCUUGCUCAGAGUCUCCCCACAACAUGCCGGGCUCCAAGCAGUUGUCAGCUGCCACCUCCGGAGGGGCCAGCACCCCCCACACCAGCUGCUCCGGCCCAGGGGGCACCCAGGCCGAGGGGGCCGGAGAGGAGCCCCGGGCGGCCCCCGGGCAGCAGGACCUGGAGGCAGCGGUGCAGCGGCUGUCGGUGCGGCAGCAGAGCCAUGCCUCGGAGGAACGUUCCUUCUUCGAGGCCGAGCGGGAGCGCAAGCUUUGGCGGCUGAGGGAUGGCGAGAGCUCCAGUGGCUUCCUCACCCCCAAUGAGAGCAUCAUCUCCACCGGGACCAACUACUCAGGGGGCUCGGAGCUCACCGCUGGCUCCGGCUUUUCCCUCAGCUCCCUCACCUACCUGCCUGACAAGCUGCAGAUUGUGAAGCCCCUGGAAGGCUCUGUGACUCUCCACCACUGGCAGCAGCUGGCACGGCCCAACCUGGGUGGGAUCCUGGUGCCCCGUCCCGGGGUGCUCACCAAAGACUUCAGGCAGCUGGACAUUGACCUGGAGGAGGUCUACAGCCUCAACGACCUGGAGGAGGACGACGUGGACGCCGGCUCCUUCCAGCUGCUCCCUACCUCAACGCCUGCCAAAGCCAAGGAGCGCCCCGGGGUGUUCCUCUCUGUUAACAACCUUCCCCAGACCCUGUCUACCUUCACCAUCACCACCUGCCACAUCCUCCACCCCACCACUGAGAUCACCACUGUGACACCCAGUCUGUAUAACGCCGUCGUGCCUUCUUGUGGGCCCUUUGCGGGGCUGAGCCCUGGCAGCCCCUCACCGGACCUGUCUUACCCCACUCUGACACCUGGCCCCGGACCCCCGAGCACCCCCCUGGGACUUGUCAGGCUCUUGCUGGUGCAGGGCAUCUCUGCCUCAGUGCCAGGAUUGGGGCCGCAGUGGCCCCUCCAGCUCCCCUCCCAGGACCUCCAGCACGCUGACACCCGGCCCUUCCCUGCGCCCGGGGGGCAGGACAGACCCCCACCCAGGAGCAGCAUCUUCAGCUUGAACCUGGUGGAGAAUCUGCGGCGUCUGGGGCUGGACAAGGUGGUGGCCAGAGGGGAGAUGUCCUACGCCCGAGUGGAGCGUGGGAGAGCCCGGGGCGUGCUGACCUGACGGUGCUGCGGAGCCCCCAAGCUCAGGAUGAGACUCGUCCCCUUUGUCCCCAUCCAUUGGGAAUGGAGACGGGCCAGGCUGUCAGCCUCAGCCCUGGUGCUGCCCCAGGACCUGCAGCACCCCCAGCCCCGGAUCGAGGGGCUUUGCCCUGGCUGCGAGGACAGACCCCUGUGGUGCCCCGUGGCCCCAGCGCGAUGCUCCCUGGCCCCGUGUUACACUGGGGCAGGGGUCCUGUGUACCUGGAGCUGUGUGUGGUGAUGCUGGGGGGGGGGGGGCAGCUCUGGGCAGGGGGUUCUGGCUCUCCCUGUUCCCCCACUGGGGGGGUACGGACCCUUCGCAGGAGCCGCUUGCUGGCAAUAAACUGUUCCUACUUCUGUGGAGCCUGUUGGAGGAGCAAAGGGCAGCUCGGCCCUUUGGGGGGCUCGGGAGGACCAGUCUGGGCCGAGGUGAGACCUCCCACCCCAGGCCCAGCAUCUCGGCUGGCUUUUAAAGGGAAUAGUGGUUUUAAACGUUUUCCUGCCCAUGCAAUAGCAGUAGCAGCAGCCCCCCCCCGGCUCGGGAGACACCGGUGGUGGGUAUUUCUCAGGAUGUAGCGGUUGCUCCGGCCGUGCCCCGUCCUCUGUUAAAUAAAUGUGAAGUCAC